AUGAAAGAUUACGCGGAAGCCAUCGCUUUUUUGGGUCAGUGGGGACAUUUCCAGCAAACCGUCUUCUUCCUGCUCUGUGCUAGCAUCCUGCCCAAUGGAUUUGGCGCUUUCGGUCUUGUUUUUUUGACUGGCAUACCAAACCACCACUGCUUUGUUCCAGACAUCAACCUGACAGAAGAUUGGCGUAAAAGUAUUCUACCAGUAACAGUGGUGAAUGGGAAACAGGAAGUGAGCAGGUGCAGCAGAUACAGACUGGAUGUGGUCAGGAAUCUCUCAUAUCAGGGAUAUAUUCCUGGCAGGGACGUCAACCUUACUGACCUUAAACAGGAGGAGUGUUUGGACGGCUGGAGCUACAGCAGAAACAUUUAUCAAUCUACAGUAGUGACUGAGUUUGACUUGGUGUGCAGUGAAAAGUGGAAGCAGCCUUUUACCUCCACAGUUUUCUUUGUUGGAGUUCUUUGYGGAUCGUUCUUCUCAGGACAGCUGUCAGACAGAUAUGGAAGGAAACCUGUUUUAUUUGCAACCCUGGCAGCACAAAUGGUUUUUACAUUUGCAGAAGCCUUCUCCACCUCAUGGAUUGUGUUCACGCUCCUCCUCUUUUUUAAUGGAUUGGGCCAAAUAUCCAAUUUUGUGGCCGCAUUAGUGCUUGGUGCUGAGGUCUUGACUGGCAAUGUGCGUGUCCUUUAUUCAUCUUUUGGAACGUGUUUCAGCUUUGCUAUUGGCUACAUGUUGCUGCCGCUCUUUGCUUACUUUUUAAAGGACUGGAAAUCUCUUCUCAUGGCUCUGUCCCUCCCUUGUCUGGCCUACAUCCCCCUCUGGUGCCUUCUUCCUGAAUCUCCUCGAUGGCUGAUUUCUCAAGGUAGAGUUGAGGAAGCUGAAGCUGUAAUAAGAAAAGCUGCUCAGUGGAACAAAGUUCAGGCUCCAGGGGACAUCUUUGGACAUUACGAUGAAACAAAGCCAAGUAGAAACAACCACAGUGUUUUUGACCUUUUGAAGCACAGCAGCAUCAGAACCACCACACUCCUGCUCUGUUUGGUCAUGUUCACUAUGACUACUGGUUAUUUCAGCCUGUCCUUUAAUGCAGCUCAGCUCCAUUCUGACCCCUACAUCAGCUGUUUCAUCUCAGCUGUAGUAGAAAUCCCAGCAUAUAUUUCCAGCUGGAUAGCUCUGAGGUAUUUUCAACGUCGACUGUCCGUCAUUGGUAUGCUGAUCCUCGGAGCCGUACCGCUGUUCUUUAUUCCACUGAUGCCAGAAUAUCUAUCCAGUGUGUCUCUUACACUGGAGAUGCUGGGUAAGUACGCCUUCACUACCGGGUCRUCCCUUAUGUUCACCUACACCACAGAGCUUUACCCAACAGCACUCAGGAACACAGCAACAGGGACCACGACCACCGUUUCCAGGACAGGAAGUUGCAUCACGCCCUUUCUGUUGAGUCUCAGUGGAUACUUUAAGGCCCUGCCUUACAUCACACUGGGAACUCUGGCUGUUCUGGCUGCAUUUGCUGCUUUUUUYCUUCCUGAAAGUUUUCAACAACCUCUUCCAGAAAGCAUUCAACAAAUGCAUGAAAGGAAACGAAUAAAAUGUCUYCGCCUCACAAGAUCCAAAACCUCAGUUCCUGUUGUCCAACAGGACAGUCCUCUUUGA